GCUCGUCUCGUUCCGAGCGGGCCGGGACCACGGCGGGACCGUCGGACCGCCGCGGACUUGCCCACAGCUAAAAGAAAACCAUCAAGUGGGAGCAAUUUGCUUGCCAACCAUCUUGUUUUUCGUAGUUCAACACGUUUAGUCUUUGGUCACAACGUUCACUUGAAUAAUAUUUUGGGGAUGGCUCAAAUUUUAGGGCCCAGGGUUCACUGUCUGUCCAUAUGGGCGACCGCUCCGUCGUUUUGUCUGCGUGCGGCCUGGCCGCGAACUGUGACGAGGUCGGUCCUAAAGCCCGAAAACACCCCAAAACUUUCCUUUUCCUUCGCUACCCUCAAAUUUAUUUAGAAACAAAAACUGGUGAUAGCGUGCACUUUUGGCAUUGACCUUGUGAAAAUCAGUUGAGAAGUCGCCAGGUUUUGACUUCAUCUCCAUGUCCAAAUUCAAGGUUGAAAAAUUUGGAAAGCCGGCAGGACUCGCCGCGGGUCGCGUGUGGAAAGGUCCCAAUGCCAGAACUUGGCGGUCGACGUCUGAGUGGGGCGGACCGCGUCGGAACGUCAACUCGGCUUUCAUCGGCUUUGCUCGGCUCGGCUCGGCUCCAGUUUCGGGGGCGUUUUUCUUCUGGUUCUCGUCAGCGUCAAGUGAAACAUUCCGACGUUUGAGUCAAACGUCGAAACCAAGCAGCGUGAUGUCGCUUCACUCGAAUCUUCCUCGACGCUGACUGGAAGCGGUCUCGUCAGCGUCGGCCAGCCCCCCGGAGCCCCUCCGCGGAACCCCCCCUCCCACUCUCCCACUCUCCCUCCCCCGGUCGGGCCGGUCUGCUGACUGUCAAGCGGCUCCGGAGCUCCUCGGCGCACUCGUCGUCGUCGAGCUGGAUCUCCGAGACUGACCGGAAACUGGAUUUCUCGGCCGGACCUUUGGCCUCCUCCAGCCGAGCUCGGCGCACCUCGCCCGGCGCGCUCGGCUCCCCCGCCCGCCUCGGAGCGCCAUGGCCCUGGCGGAGGUCGCCGCGCAGGGCUUCGCCGUGUUCGGUUUACUGCUGUUCGUGGUCUUGUGGCUCAUGCACUUCAUGUCCAUCAUUUACGUGCGCCUGCAUCUGCACAAGAAGAGGUCGGAGGUCAAGCAGCCUGCGGGCGUGUCUCUGCUGAAGCCGCUGAAGGGCGUCGACCCCAACCUCUUCGCCAACCUGGAGACCUUCUUCACCAUGGACUACCCCAAGUACGAGGUGCUGCUGUGCGUUCAGGACCAGGACGACCCGGCGGUGGACGUUUGUAAGGAGCUCCUGGGCAAGUACCCCAACGUGGACGCUCGCCUCUUUGUCGGGGGCAAAAAGGUGGGCAUCAACCCCAAGAUCAACAACCUGAUGCCAGGCUACGAGGGCGCCAAGUACGGCCUGGUGUGGAUCUGCGACAGCGGCAUCCGAGUGAAAGCGGACACGCUGAUGGAUCUGACCAAUCAAAUGACGGAGAAGGUCGGCCUGGUGCACGGCCUGCCGUACGUCGCCGACCGCCAGGGCUUCGCCGCUACGCUGGAGCAGGUCUACUUCGGCACGUCGCACCCGCGCUCGUACAUUUCGGCCAACGUGAUGGGCAUCAAAUGCGUGACGGGGAUGUCGUGCCUGAUGCGGAAGGACGUCCUGGACCAGGCCGGCGGCCUGGUGGCCUUCGCGCAGUACAUCGCCGAAGAUUACUUCAUGGCCAAAGCCAUCGCCGACAGCUCACCGAUUGGUCGUCCGCAGAGGAUGGAAGUUCUCCAUGGCGACGCAGGUGGCCUUGCAGAAUUCGGGCUCCUACUCUAUUGGCCAGUUCCAGUCCCGCUUGAUCAGGUGGACCAAACUGCGCAUCAACAUGCUUCCCGGCACCGUGCUGGAGCCCGUGUCCGAGUGCUUCCUGGCCAGCCUCAUCAUCGGCUGGGCCGCCCAUCACGUCUUCAGGUGGGACAUGAUGGUCUUCUUCAUGUGUCACUGCUUGGCGUGGUUCGUCGUGGACUACGUGCAACUCACCGGAGUUCAGGGGGGGCCGCCGAGCUUCUCCAAGCUGGACUUCGCCGUGGCGUGGUUCAUCCGCGAGUCCAUGGCGGUGCAGAUCUUCCUGUCGGCGCUGUGGGAUCCCACCAUCAGCUGGCGGACCGGCCGGUACCGGCUCCGAUGCGGCGGCACCGCCGAGGAGAUCCUGGACGUGUAGUCGCUGGGGCGGCGACGGCGACGACGCAGCAGCAGACUGAAGAGUAUUUUUUACGACUAUUUAUGUUCAUUUUGGUGCUAACGUCAGCGAGGCCUCGGCGGCCGACCCGAGAAGAGGGGGCGGAGCUCCCGGUUGCCGUGGAAACCAUCGGGAGCAGGCGCUGUCAGCCAUCCUGUUUUUUUUUUUUUUGUUUGUUUUUUUUUCCUCCCCCCUCCUCGUCACCAAAAUAUUCUGUCGUCAAGCAGUGUUUUUGUUUUCGGAGCGCGCACGCGACAAAAAUGUUUGCUUCCUGUCUUACGUCGCAACAUUUCACGUUGACUCACCAGUUGUCCGGAAUUUCCCUUUAGCAUUAGUACUAGCAUUAGCAAUUAGCUUCGCCUGCUUUCAUCAUCGCUCGCGAGGCUAACGUCCCCACGCGCGAGAACAAUAAAGUUUUCUCUUUCAAACGUGACUCUGUGUCGAGACUAGUCCGGCCGUCCGUUUCCGGCGUGCCGGCGCCGUCGACGGCAACUUGCGUUGAUUUCGGGAGCGACGUCCGCGUUCGCACCCUUGGACAAUUUAAAAGCUGUGAAAGUUUGGUUGUCGGUACCGCAGACGCGACGUGGGGACCCUCUCGUCUGUGUUGGAAGCACUUUUUUUUUUCUUUCUUUCUUUCCAUACACUAUAAUUGAAGUAUACAAGUACAUUUAUUUAUGUGAAACAUGCACACGCAUACUGUUAGAGUGGGUUCUUUUUUUUUUUUCGAAAUAAAACGUUUUUUUGUUGAACA